AUGACGAAUGUGGCCAACCCGUGGGCGUCAACCUAUAAACCCUCGUCUCGGUCCCUCAUCAGCCAAAAUGUCUACAGAGAGCAUCCGAAAAAGAAAUACUCGAAGAGCAUCAGAAUGUCCCUCCGCGGCUUCCACACAAGCUCCGACACCAUCGUCCUCAAAGACAAACAUAUUCUCAGCAGUCGCUGCAAACGGCCCGACGGCACCUGGUCCUUCUCCGAGAUCGAUCUGAAUAAUUGUCUGGGGAAUAAUAACGGGAAGUUUGUCUGGGGCGGGGACUCGUUCGCGGACAGCGCGUCGCAGGUGCAUCUUGCGUUGGAAGGGGGGGAGGGGAAACCGAUGUUGCAUGCGCAGCUGAAUGACCGGCAUGGGAGUGUGCAGUCUGCGAGUGUGAAUCUGGGAGAGUGUAUUCAGAAUGAGGCGGGGGGAUUGGAAUAUAUGCAUUGUUGA